AUGUCAAAUAGAAAGUUGUGGGGAGAAUUUGAAGACGAAGAUAACAACGAGACAGUGCUACAAACUGUUAAUUUCAAUCCGAUCAUUGAAUUGGGAUUGCAAAAUAUACCAGAAAUUCCUAUAACGGUAAAGUCUAAUCCUAUCGAAUGGCCUAAACCGAAUCUUAUUACGCAUACGAUACAAUUACACGCUUAUUCCCGCCAAUUGUCAGCUAUUAUAGAUCAAGGUGAAAAUGCUGCUUACGAAGGUUCAAGAGUAGAUCCAAUAAACAUACCCGACCCACCUCCACAACCAGAAUUGAAUGUGGAACACGAAACAGUACCGCCGAUAAACUUCCUUCCAAAACAAUACUGCGACUUUUCUCUUGGAAGAGGACCAGUAAUUUUACCGUUUACUCCAGAAAGCCACAACCGUGCACUAAAACAGUGUGCAGCAAUAUCCAUUGGACAUGUAGGCUUUGCAUUUAGCACCAACACAGCACUGGCUGCCGUAGCAGAUGCUUUAGACAUUUACAUGACAAAUAUGUGUAAAUUAUUAAGAACUAUAGUUGACAGAGACGCCAGUGGGUUAAAAUCAGGCUUCCCGGAUGCCAUUUCUAAAUUAUUUGCAGACCUCAAUGUGGGAAAUCUUCAAGACUUUUAUGAAACUCGCAUUGUGAGAUACCAUGCUAAGAUAAAAAAUAAAUGUGAAGAUUUGAGAAACCAAUGCGAAGCACUGGCUAUCGGUGAUAUAGCUCCACAAUUGAAGUUGGAAGAAGUGCCCGAACUUCACUUCCCUGCGGCUUUAGAUGGAGCCUUCACUCCAUCCUUAGAACCAGGGUUUCAAAUGCUCCAUAGUUUAGAACAAGAACAGCUUCAAAGCCUAGACUUGUUAGACACUGUAUCAACGGAUGAUUUAAAAGUCGAAUCUUUGGAAUUCUCUCAGCCAGAUACUACUAAACUACCAACAUUGUCACCUACUGCUAAGAAAAAAAGAAAAUAA